AUGGAGAAAUUUCCACCGAAAUUUAGCAAAAUUCUGGUCACACCUGAUCCACAAUACAUACCGGGUUAUGCAGGGUACUGCCCACAGCUGAAGUACCACCUGGGUCAGACUUAUGGCCAGCUCACAGCCCAGCUGCUGACCACGCCGGAGGUGAGGCACUCCAAGCGGCUGGUCCUGCACACAGGCCACAUCCCCAGCACAGAGUCUGACACCUGGCCUCAGGAUGUUACCAGCUGUGGGAAGGGAAGAAACUUGGAGAAGAUAAUGCCAGGAUAUACAGGCUUUAUUCCCAAAAGGCGGUGUUACUUUGCACAUACCUACACCGAAACGUGCCGCAAAGCAUUGUCUGAGUUUAACCAGGACCGGAGUACAAGGGUUCGACUGCAAUCAACAGAUCUGCCAGCUGUCAGCAAGUCGAUCAACCCACAGUUUAAAAAAAUGGACACCCCACUGACAGCCACCUCCAAAAACCUGACUACCUACAUGUCUGUGGACCCCUGGAAACCCUUGGAAUCACCGUAUUCAAUGGAUGAUGAAAGCCCACACAAAUACUUUAUGUCAGGUUUCACAGGUUAUGUGCCAAAAUCUCGUUUCCUAAUUGGCACAAGUUACCCCGUCACCACCAACAGGGCACUGAUCCUGUUUGGGAAGCAGAUGCAGCGCGACCUCACCUCCCUAGACAUCUCAGGGGAGAAGGACGAUACCCUGCCUCCUAUACCUAUCUAUUCCUCAAACCACGGCCUGAUGCCAGCAUAUGCAGGACAUGUCCCAGGAUACAAAUUCAGAUAUGGACAUACCUUUAGCUCUCUUACCCAAAAUGCACUGAGCGCACUGCAGACGAACGAUGCCAAAAGGAAGCACAAAGGAAACUCAUAGAAGAAAAAGUCCAGCAGAC